GAUUGGACGUUCGAGAAUCCUUGCAAAGAUUGCCGGAAAGGCCUGAAAGACUUGCUGACCAGCCUUGCCCACCUCGUUUGCCGGGUGAUUGGGUGUAAGUGAUGGUGAGGCCAAUUCUCGCAAGGGGUUGGCUGUUCGAUCACAAGUGGUGAGGACAGCGGGUGGUAAGACUUAUGCUUCUCGACGCUCGAAGUUGUGCGCUUGCCAUGCCCCCUGUCUUGGCGGCAGCUACCUUUGAGGCUCCUUUGUCCAUUGUGGCGUUGGUCUGGGGCUCUUCUUGUUUGCAAUUCCAGGUUUGGAACCAGAAUGACUGUGCAGAGAACGUGGUGGAGGCGUUGAACACGUUUCUGGUGGCCUUCGACGUGGACUUUGCGGCCGUCAUCGAGCUGGCCGCCCCUGGCUAUCAGAGCCCGUCAGGCUGGGACUUCAUGGUCGGCAAGUGCGGCCAUGACUUGGUUCAUUUGUUUUACAACCGGAUGCGCUGGGAGCCCAGUGGCGCCAACGUCACGGGCUGCAUGCAGCCAGCGCCGCUGGAUCGGCCGUUUGUCGUCCAGCAUUUCGUGUCCCCUGAGGGCGAGAAGGUGAUCGCGACUGCGGCGCACUUCCCGCACCCCACAUUUACGGAGGAUUUGGGGGUGUACCGGCAGACGGCGCAGACCUCGGAGCUGAAGAGGGCCCUGGAGGAGGUGAGGCAAGCCACCGGCACGGAGAAGGUCGUCCUGAUGGCCGAUACGAAUGCCUGGAGCUGGGUCUCAAACGAUAUGAUUUGGCACGAUCAGCUGGCACUGCCAGGGACCCUGGUGAGCACCGACCUGAUGCAGACCUGCUGUGCGGAUGCCGGCUUCCCACCGGCCUUCACCUUUGACAGGAUCAUGGCAAACUUUGGGAGCAGCAUGUCCAGCACCGCCUUGUACGGCGGGGACCUGCCGAAUUGGACCAUCCAAGUGAAGGGGCAGAAGAUUGGCGCAUUCCACCGGCCGGUGGUCGCCCGGGUGCAGCUGACGUCUGCAGGCGGAGGCCUCAGCGGCGUGUGGAUCGCCAUGUGGCUGCUGCUGUUCAGCACCUUGGUGCUGGCGGGCGUCUUGGCAGCGCUGCUUUUCAGGCGGUGGAGACGCCGCCGCGACGAGGAGUAUACGACCUCCUCGUCGGGUGAGGAGGAGAGCAUGACCUGAGGCGUGCUGCCAAAGUGCCAUUUGACUUGGUUCAGAUGGACCCAGAGUUGUUAUGAUUCAUUUCCUGGCCCAUCAGAGGACCUUCCCUCUGUUACGGGACUCUGCGAUCGGCCAAGAUGCGACCCGCGGAGUUUCCCCAGGCCAUUUGAGUGUCCCGAUCUGGGGGGCGCCCCUUGUGCUCCAGCAAAGGAUGCA